AUGGCCGCGACUAGCUUCUACGGUGACGGGGUUUGGCACAACGAUGUUUCGGGCGCGGCAACCAACACUGGCGGCGAGCCGGCGGCUGCGACGGAGCAUCAAGAUGACGAUGAUGACUGGCAGAAGGACGACCAGUCGCGUGGGUGGCAAGACUGGGACGCAGAUGACCAAGAUGGAGAAUGGGUAUGGCGACCCAGCGGUCGUGACGCCCGAUGGCACGACGCUGCCCGAUGGAGUCGCAACGACUCAUGGGGAAGACGCGGAAGCUGGGGAGGUUCAUGGACGAGCACCUCGGCGGGAACGCGAGAUCACGAACGAGGCGAUUCACGACGAGAUCAAGGCAGAGACGCCGACGACCAUCCUUCUCACGGAAGCGAAGAUGGCAGCGAUCAGCGACCCCCUCAGCCGCUUGAUCAAGGAACGGCGGGUGGACGCGGACCUUCCGAAAAGUUGAUCGUGCCCGGCUUCAGUGGAGAAGGCGACGGUGAUGAUUUGGGAAGUUCAGCGAGAUCCUACCUCCGUCAGGUGCUUGCAUGGCAGCGUAUGACAAAGCUCGCUAAGGAACAGCAGGCUUUGGUGCUGUACCAGCAUCUGAGCGGACCCGCUUGGGUGGAAGCGGAGAGGCUCGAGGUCGAUCGCCUUGCUUCGCCCAGUGGAAUGGAGUAUUUCACCCAAUGGGUGAAAGAUCGGUACCUGGACGUGCAGGUGACGCAAGUCGGGAGGAGCCUUUCGGAGUUCUUCAGGAGACUGAAGAAAAAGCCCUCCCAGAGCAUCCGGGACUACUGCGGCGAGUUCGACAGAGCGUACGCUAGGCUACUUGAAUGUGGAUGUCGGUUACCAGAUAUAGCCUGUGCCUGGGUGUUUGUGGACCGAAUGGGCCUCGACGAGGCCUCGGAGCUGAACCUUUUGGCUAGCGUGGGGAAUGUGUACGACUUGAAGAUGUUGCAGCGUGCUGCGAUUGUGCAGGACAGGGCCCUGCGCAAGCCUUGGGAGACAAACCCCGCCGCCCGGGGUAACAAAGGGGGAUGGUGGAAGCGCAACCUCAACACAGCGAAUGUGGCCGACUACGAGAAUGAGGAUGAGGGCAACGAGACCGCCGCCGAUGAGGACGACGCAGUGCCGGAGGACGUCGCGGAGGAGCUCUACGAGACGUAUAUGACUCAUGAGUCGGCGAAGCAAAAGUAUCGCGAAAGCUCGCGAAUGCGAGGAUCGGAUCCGGAGGCCAUCAAGAAGGUUGCGGCGGAGAAGUUGCGCUUGGUGAAAGCGCGGUCCUUUUGCGCAGGGUGCAAGAGGCGAGGGCACUGGCAUAAGGACCCGGAGUGCCCCUUAAACCAAGGGCGCACUCGCGAAGGGACUGGCGGCACAGGCUCUCCAACCAAACCUGCGCCCGGUUCAGGACAAGGCUAUGCCGCCACGAAGAACAACGGCCCCCGCGACAACUUCCCGUGCCAUGUCGUGCACGUCACCUGGGACAUCGAGCAGGACAAGGGGAGCAGCUUCCAGGCGAUUACCGAUACGGCCUGUUCUAAGACGGUGGCAGGGGCCCCUUGGAUGGAUGCCUACUUUGUUGCUGCUAAGAAGGCCGGGUUUGAGCCGGAGAUCCUCAACGCCCGGGACGCUUUCCGCUUUGGGGCCUCUAAGGUGUUCGAGUCGGCGUACGCCGUUGUGGUUUCUUUUGGUUUGGGGAAUGCCUUGGUGAAGAUCCGCGUGUGUGUUGUGAAUGGAGAUGUGCCUCUCCUGCUCAGCAGGACCGUCCUCGGCGAGCUCGGCAUGAUCUUGGACGUCGCCAACAAUCAGGCAGAUUUCCGCAGUGUCGGGGUCGAAGGCCUCAAGCUUGAUGUCACUGAGACGGGGCACCCUGCACUCACUGUGCGCCCUGAACAGUUUUGUGGCAAAGCGUCCACUCAACCGGAGUGGAAGGCAGCCGAGAUCCAGAUCAUCUCGAGGCGUCCGCAAUAUACGGUCUUUGCAGCCGAGUGCAUGAGUUCGGAUCCUAGCCCUGCACAGGAACGAGUUGACGUAGAAGUCCAGUCUGCAGCAGCCUAUGGAAGCCCAUGCAUCCCUGCGAUCCUUUACCUCUGUGCGGUGAAAAUGGCUCCGAAGAGGACCCUGUUGACCGCGCCGAUGGUGACGCGCCCGAAAGGGCUUUGGGAGUUCACGAAGGACGAGUUGUUGACGGAGGCCCAAGCGCGAGGAUUGUGGGUGAACCCACGAUGGACAGUCCCGCAAAUCCGGGACAUGAUCAAGGACGACCUGGAGAACGAGGCCACUACCAGUUCAGCAACGUCGGGAGAGCUCCCUCCCGGAGUGUCGAAGAUGACCCUGGCUCAGCUCAUCACGAUGGCCGAGGACCUCAACGUGAAGGUUCCACCGGGGACAACGAAGGGAGGCGUGCUACGCCUCAUCCGGGACCAAGCCGGAGGGGGCCAACAAUUGGUGAUGACCUUCGGACGUCACCGAGGAUGCCUGUUCACGGAGACGCCCCUCUCUUACAGGCGUUGGGCAAUCUCGGAGGCCGCAUCGAGCAAGACGGCGUCGGAGGACUUGGUGGCCUACGCGAGUUGGUGCAAGAAGAACCUGGAGAAGUCGACUCAGCCCAGGCGCUAUGUGGCCGAGGACGACCCAGAGCUGAACGCCACGACACCAUAUGUUCCCGAGGACUCCGAGGCCCUGAGCUGGGUACUGAUGCCCAAGGACAACACCACCGACACGAGGCCCACGACCACUCCCAAGGCCAAGGCCGGGGGAGGCUACCGUCGUCCACUGCCGACAUCCUCUGCGAGCAGCGAGUUUGGUUCCAGGCCAGAGAUGCAGACCGAAAUGGACGCGGAAGUGAUGGACGAGAUCCAACACCUGGAGACCAGGCUUGCGGUGAUCCGAGAUCGACAUGGACUCGCUCGGGCCUUUGGCACAAUCCUCUCCAUGAUCCACAACGAGAAGGACGAGGCGAUCUGCUACGAGAUCUACUACGAGGAAGUCCUGAUGUUCCACCGCAUGGAGACGAAGGCGAUCUAUCACGUGAUCUACUACAAGGAAGUCCUAAUGUUCGACCACAUGGAGACGGAGGCGUUCCACUACGUGACCUACUACAAGGAAGUCCUGGUGUUCCACCGCAUGGAGACGAAGGCGAUCUACCACGUGAUCUACUACAAGGAGGGCCUAAUGUUCGACCACAUGGAGACGGAGGCGAUCUACCACGUGAUCUACUACAAGGAAGUCCUGAUGUUCGACCACAUGGAGACGGAGGCGAUCUACCACGUGAUCUACUACGAGGAAGUCCCGUUGUUCUACCACCGCAUGGAGACGAAGGCGAUCUACCGCGCCAUCUACUACAAGGAAGUCCUGAUGCGCUACCGCAAGGAAACGGAGGCGAUCUACCACGAGGAGACGGAGGCGAUCUACCACGUGAUCCACUACAAGGAAGUCUCGAUGUCCAACCGCAUGGAAGUAGGGAGGAAGCUGAAGCACAAGGCCUUCAACGACGAAGACCUGUUGGAAGUGGUGACUACGCUUGACCUACGCCAGCGACAACGUCACCGGCAGAUCUACGGCGGCAAGGAGGUGAAGGUCGAAGGCGUCCUCGGUGGGCUCUGGACCCACGGUGCUAUGUCGGGCCUCAGCAAGUUCAGCGAGGAGCUUCCCUCCUUUGUGAGUUACGUCAAUGCCUACGUUCGUGAGCGGACCGGAGAUGAUUACGGAUGGUGUUCUUUUGCCCUCAACAAAAAUGUGGCCACCGAGGUGCACUGCGACCACCACAACCUCAACGGCGUCCUCAAUGUGACAAUGUCCUUCGGGGACUUCUCCGGUGGCGAGCUCUGGAUACACGACGAGGAUGUUCGUCCAGAGGAGUGUGUGGAGAGGCGUGACCCUACCGGAAAGGUCCUUCGCGGAAGGAUUGUUGAUACAAGGUGGAGGCCCUACUUCUUCGACUCCAAGGUCAAGCACGCCACCCAACCUUGGAGUGGCGACCGAUGGUGCCUCACCUGCUUCACCACUCGUGGAUUCAAGGAAGCUACUACUCAACAAUGCGAUCAACUUCGAGCUCUACGUUUUCCUUUGAGAAAGCUGCAGCGGCUCCGCGCCGUACUGGAGAAGAAUCGACCAAAGAAGAGCUCGAGAAGGAAGCUCUGGCAGAAUGUCAAACGCAUGGCCGCGUUGGCGACUUGGUCCUCGAUGGCUACUGCGAGCUACCUCCUGCCCGAAUACCCAUCGGGCCGGGGCAAGGAUUCGGUGGCACUCCUCGAGAUCGGAGGGGAUUCGAAGACUCUGGAGUUGGGCGAGCUCAACUUCUUCACCGCCGAGCCCCUGAUCGACGAGGACCUCAACGACCCUGCCGUGUGGAACGACGUCUACGAGACCAUCGUUGAGCUCAAGCCCGGCACGGUUUGGAUCCACAGCUGCCAUGUCUCCGACCACAUCCCGAGCGUUUUCGAGUUGCUUUCUGAGCAGAUCGCCCAAGGGAGACAGGUUGUUUUCCAAUCACGAACAGGGGCCACAGAAAUGCUCGAGAGUUCAGUUUUCAAGUCAGCCCUCAAGGAGCUAGAGGACGUGAAGCAUGAAACAAAAGGAGACUCCUACUACGUGAAGAUCAACUGUGGUCACACUUUGCUCCCUCCAGUCGAGGAAGAGUGGGGACCGAGAACCCUACAAACCUACCUGUGUCGGCGUGAGGAGACGAAGAAGGAGGCGGUCAACGACACGGUUUUUGCCGUUGAUGAACCGAUCGGAAGUCCGGAACCCAAGCACAACGGGAGCUCAGCUAUCUCUUUCGCUCCGGGCCCCACCAUCAAGCCGGAAGUACGAAGUUCUCUGAAGCGGCUUCAUCAGAAUUUGGGACACAUCGGCUAUGAGGACCUCGGGAGGCAUCUACGUUUAGCGGGAGCCGGACCCGAAGUGGUGGCAGCCGCCAAGCGCCUACGCUGCGAGGUGUGCGCGAGGAACAAACGGGGGCAAAGUGCACGCCCCUCUGCUGCUCCAACGCUCCUCGACUUCAACCAGGUUGUCGGGGUUGAUGCUUUCUCGGCCUACGAUGCCUGGGGAAAGAGACACGAGUUCAUGAUGAUGAUCGACUACGGGACGUCAUUUCAAGUAGUGGUGCCUUUGCGCGGCCACAGCACCGAAGCCAUGGAACAGGAUUUCUGUGAAGGAUGGAGUCACGUGUUUGGGCCCCCUGGGACGAUCGCGGUUGACCUGGAGACAGGUCUUCAAGCCGGGCUCGCGCGCUACAGCGAGUUCUAUGGGGUGAAGAUGAGGUCGGCCGCCGGGCAGGCGCACUGGCAGCAAGGCACCGUGGAACGGCAUAUCCGAGUGUGGAAGGAAAUCUGGGACCGGAUCGUCGACGACCACUCUGUCGGCAGCGACGACAUCCACCUCGCCACCACUGCAGUGAACAGCGCGAUGAACGAGCUGCGAAGGAAGAACGGAUUCAGCCCAAGUCAGGCCGUCUGGGGGAAAGAUCCGGAAGUUCCUGGAGAACUUCUCUCCGGGAGAGACCCGGAACAGUUCGAGCACAUCAUCACCCACGACCGCCAACGGGCCAAGGAACAUGCUCUAAGGACUGCCGCCAAGGAGACAUACUUUCGUUGUCAGGCGGACGCCAAACUGCGACGAGCCCUCCUCCAGAGAAGCCGUGUCAGUGGACCCGACCUUGAAGUCGGAGACCUGGUCUACUUCUACCGCAAGGCGAAGAACCAGAAGUUCUGGCGUUGGUUGGGGCCAGCCACCGUGAUAGGGCACGAGGGCUCGAACAUAUGGCUCUCCCGUGGAGGACGUUGUCACCUUACAGCGCCGGAGCACAUCCGGCGGGCAACGAGCGAAGAGAUCGGCGAGACUUUUACGCUGAAGUCAACGCAGGAAGAUUUGGAGAAGCUCUUGGAAGUGAACCCCGACGAUGUCCUGUUCGAAGGAGACGAUGUCGAGGAGGACCCAGUCCUCUUCCCAGGAGAUGACGGAGAUGCGAUUGAGGUCGACGAAGGCGGCCGGGUGCGCGACAGCCAACAUCUCCCUCUCUUUGGACCGGUGGCCAAGCGCUAUCGGAUGAAGGGCCCUCAGGAUCCGGAUGGUCGUGUUCCUCCCCAAGCGCUUCCUGACCAUGAUCCCGAUCUCGAUGACAUCCUCGAGGAGAUGUCUCUUCCUGACGGGCAGCCUGACGAAGUGAUGAUGUUGAAGAGGGCAAAGACGGCGAGGGGACGAGAGAAACAGCUCGAAAAAGAGCUGCCAUGGAACCUCAUACCCCAGGAGCAACACGAAGCCUUCAAGGGUGCGGAGCAGAAACAGUACAUGGAGCACAUCGAGCACGAGGCUUUGGAACCCCUUAGCGUCGAAGAGAGCCUCCGCAUCAUGGACGAGAAGAGGGACCGGGUGCUACAGUCACGAUUUGCGUAUCGUGACAAGUCCUACGCGAAACGCCGGAAGGAUCCGGACGUGCCCUGGCGCCACAAGGCAAGGUUGGUCAUCGGAGGACACAUGGAUCCAGACAUCGCCCACGGCCUCCAGACUACUGCCCCGACGGUUUCCAGACAAUCUGUCAUGCUCCUGAUGCAGAUUUUGGCCUCACGCUUGGCCGAUGGAUGGAAGGCCUACGCCGGCGACAUCACCGCCGCUUUCCUCAACGGAGGUCCGCUGGAACGAGAGCUCUACCUGAAGCAGCCGCGCACUGGACUGGGCAACCUACACCCAGCCCAACUGCUCCGAAUCAAGAAGGGAAUCUUCGGCCUCGUGGACUCACCCCACAGUUGGUGGGAACGGUUUAAGGGCGACGUGACCACCCUCAAACCGGUCCUCGAGGAUGGGACUGAAUGUGUGAUCGAGCAGUGCCCGCUGGAUCCCUGCGUGUUCUUCGUGAAGAAGGUGAUCGAAGGUUCCCUCUCCGAGCCCAUUGCCUACAUCGCGGUCCAUGUGGAUGACGUCUUGCUUGUCGGAGGACCAGGAGUGUGCCAAAGCGUGAAAGACCUACUUUCCAAGGCUUUUCCCAUCGACGGAUGGGAGACGGAUGCUUUCGAGUACAUUGGAUCCUUCAUCGAGUUUGACGACAAGGUCGUGAAGGUGUCGCAGGAAUCCUAUGUGGAAUCCCGACUGUUCCAGGUCGAUGUCCAGGCCUCCCAAAGAGACGAAGAGCUGGCUACUGACGAGCAGCUCGCUGACAACAGGAGCCUGAUCGGCGCCCUAUCGUGGCUAGCGGGACAAUCACGUCCCGAUCUACAAGCCAGUGUGUCAAUGUGUCAGCAGCUGCAAAAGUGUCCCACUGUUGGGGACGUGCGCUUCACGAACUUGGUCGCACGCCGGGCGUACGAGCACAAGAAGGAGGGGGUCUACUUCCACCCCAUCGACCUCGAUAAGGCCGUUUUGUUGUGCUACCACGACGCCGGAUGGGCCAACGCACCACAAGAUGAGGACGACCCCGUCUACCAGCUCACCAAGGAGGAGAACGAGGACGGAGUGUUCAAGGAAGGACCCUUCCUCAACAAACCGAGGAAAACCAAGCGGAACAACUCCCGAAUAGCCUCCCAGCUCGGGUGCAUCUACGUGCUAGCGAACGAGGAGAUCCUCCAAGGCCAGAAGUCCUACCUGAGUGUCCUCGACUGGAAAAGUGGAGCCUGUGAGCGUGUUUGCCGGUCCACUUUCGCUGCGGAGACGAUGGCGUGUUGUAUGGCAGUGGAAGGCGGCGACUACCUCGAGAAGUUCCUGGAGACGCUCUUGCGCGGCUCCCUCCAGCGGAAGACUACGGGGAACAUCAAGCUGAGGUUCCUGAGUGACUGUAGGUCUUUGUACGACCACCUUACGAGGGAGGGCAUACCGCGCAUCCCGUGUGAUCGUAGGCUAGCGAUAGACCUGGCUGCGGUGCGACAGGACAUCAAGCCCUUAGGUCGACUCGCUUGGGUACCCACCACCAGACAGUUGGCCGAUGUGCUAACUAAGCCUAUGAAAGGCCAUGACUGGUGGAGUAUGAUUACCUCCCCCUUCGACCUGACUUUCAGGGAGGAGGAAGUUUCGAAUCAGUGUAAAUCAGUUAGUUUGUGCUGA